UUCUACACUUACACUGCUCGAAAAUGUUCUCAGACACUCAUACAUGCAUGAUUUAGAUCUCCAUACUCGUGAGAUCUUCAAAUUUUACAGACAUUAUAUUCGGUAAGCUUUAGAGUAGACAUGUUCAUUUUUGGUGGGCUUGCUUGUUAUUCGCGUGUGUGCCUCCCUUUCAUUUUCCUGGUGAUCACCUACAGUUUGUGAUACUUUCUGGGAAGGAUGAAUUUUUAUAUUCAAAUUGCGAUUUUUGUCAUCCUCGUGAGUGCUCAACUCUUCGUUUCAGCACAAAAUGAUGCUGUAUAUGGACCCAGGGGAAGUGAUGUCUGUCCUGUAACGCAACCCUACGGCGUGUGUCAUUACGACCAAAAGUUCAUCUUCACACGAUUGAAGGAGGUUAAAGUAUCGAGAGCAGAUGCGUACUAUGUACGUUGUGGCUGGGCAGGAACAUCUACGUGCAUUCGACAUAGACCAGUAUACUUCUACAAACAAGAGGUAGUUGUUGAAGAAGCAACCCGAUUGGUGUCAAGAUGUUGCCCAGGCUUCACCAACACAAGUGGACAGUGUGUGCCUGUUUGCUCCGAGCCCUGUCAGCACGGAGGAAGCUGUAUUGCACCGAACCACUGUGCCUGUAUUCCUGGAUGGGUCGGUGAUGUCUGUCAAGAAUCUUGUUCUGAAAAUCGUUACGGCGUGCAGUGCCUGCAAGAAUGUUUCUGUGAAAACGGGGGUACUUGUCAGGCAGCUUAUGGGAUCUGCUUUUGCCCUCCCGGUUUCACUGAAGUCAACUGUGCGAGUCCAUGUCGCCCCGGCAAUUAUGGCAAUGAAUGCUCAAAGGAAUGCAUGUGCAUGAAUGGUGCUUCGUGCGAUUCCGUCAACGGCACUUGCUAUUGUCGCGCUGGUUUCAAAGGACAGUAUUGUGGUGAAGAGUGUCAGAACGAGACGUAUGGACCGGAGUGUACUCGGACAUGUCGAUGUCGGAACAAAGCCGUCUGCGAUCCUAUCGAUGGAACGUGUUCGUGCGCUCCUGGCUACAUUGGCGAGUUCUGCCAAGAUGAAUGCCGGGAGGGAUCCUAUGGAUUGGGAUGCAGCGGGAUGUGUGUAUGUGAAAACGGGGCAAGAUGCCACCAUGAAGAUGGUAAUUGCAUAUGUUCGCCAGGUUACAUGGGUGUGACCUGUGCCAACGAGUGUCCUCGGGAUUCAUUUGGACAGGACUGUGCAGGGGUGUGUUCUUGUCAGAUAGGGUAUUGUCACCAUGUUACAGGGGAAUGCAUUUGCGAACCAGGGUGGAUUGGAGAUGACUGCACGACCCCUUGUAGAUUGGGAACGUUCGGGGGAAACUGUGAGGGUCGCUGCGACUGUGAGAAUGGUGCCUUGUGUAACCAUGUGGAUGGUACUUGUCGGUGUUCGCCGGGAUUUAGUGGAGCUCGAUGUGACCGACCAUGCCCGCAAGGUCGAUACGGAAAUGGGUGCUUACAAUUCUGUCUGUGUCAAAAUGAAGCUGAUUGUGGCCCAGUAGAUGGUACGUGCACAUGUCAGCCAGGAUGGCGACGCGUUUAUUGUACUGACCCAUGCCAAAUUGGUCGUUACGGUCUAAACUGCAAUAAACGUUGUCAGUGUCGAAAUGGUGGAUCUUGUCAUCACGUAGACGGCUCCUGUACUUGUGAACCAGGGUGGCGUGGACCCCUCUGUUCCCUACGCUGUCCAGACGGAACUUUUGGACAAAACUGUGCUGGCGUCUGUCGCUGUGAAAAUGAUGCAGAAUGUGAUCAUACCCUAGGAACCUGCUCGUGCACUCCAGGAUGGCAAGCUCUGAGGUGUUCUGAACCGUGUGAUGAAGGUUUCUUUGGCUAUGGAUGUCUCCUCCCAUGCCGUUGCCAAAACAAUGCGCAGUGUAACCAUAUUGACGGACGUUGCUCCUGCGCCCCUGGGUACACCGGUUUGACGUGCGCAGAUGAAUGCAAUGAGGGAUUUUUUGGUCUGAACUGUCUCGAGGAAUGUGAUUGUUCAUAUGCAUUAGGUUGUUCUCAUGUCACUGGACAAUGUAUUUGCAACCCAGGAUGGAUUGGUUUAACUUGUUCGACGCCAUGUCCAGAUGGGUGGUAUGGGAGUGGCUGUUCACAAACUUGUCCUUGCCGUAAUGGAGGAACUUGUCAUCAUGUGACUGGAAUAUGUACUUGUCCUCCGGGCUGGGAAGGUGAGGUAUGCGAAAGCACAUGCCCUAGCAACCGCUUCGGAAGCCAGUGCCUUCAAGGAUGUCAGUGUCAAAACGGUGGUUCUUGUAAUCACAUAGACGGGUCUUGUUCAUGUACUCCCGGAUGGCAAGGACCACUGUGCAACAGACCAUGCGCAGAUGGCUACUAUGGACUCGACUGCUCUCAGUUGUGUAGGUGCAGAAAUGGCGGUGAGUGUGAUACAGUGACUGGUGUAUGCACUUGCCCACCUGGCUGGCUAAAUUUCUGUAAUGACCCAUGUCCGGAUGGAUUCUUUGGACAAGAUUGUCUGGGUGUAUGUCGUUGCCAGAAUGAAGCAUCUUGCGAUCGGUUCAGUGGUCGAUGCACCUGUACUGUAGGCUGGCACGGUCUAUCCUGUGACACCCCUUGUCCUGCCGGACGGCAUGGCCCCUCUUGCUCGAUACUAUGUCGCUGUAGAAAUGGUAACUGUUCCAGGUUUGAUGGCUCUUGCUCCUGUACUGCUGGUUGGACGGGAGAUCUUUGUCAAGAGAGUUGCGCCGAUGGAACAUGGGGCCCUGAUUGUGUGAACCGUUGCACUUGUCGUUAUGCAGCCAGCUGUUCUCGAUUCGAUGGUUCUUGUUUGUGUUUGCCAGGAUGGACAGGAGUCAAUUGCGACGAAGCAUGUCCCGAUGGCUUAUAUGGAACAAACUGCAGAAGCCGAUGCCAAUGUCAGAACGGGGCUGUCUGUUCAAGGAUUGAUGGGAGUUGCGAGUGUACUCCAGGAUGGAUGGGGGAUCGAUGUGAUCGAAGGUGCCCCCAAGAGACCUUUGGACCAGAAUGCUCAGAGCAAUGUGAUUGCGCUAAUGAUGCAGCCUGCUCACCCAUCCAUGGUGCCUGUGACUGUCCAUCCGGCUGGAUGGGAGAACGGUGUGACCUGCCGUGCCCAGAGGAUCGCUUCGGCCCAUUUUGUCGGUUGAGCUGCCGUUGUGCAAACGGUGCUGCGUGCUCUAGAUUGGACGGUAGAUGUACAUGUCCGGCUGGGUGGACAGGGCUGAUCUGUGACACCCCCUGCCCGACCGGGUCUUAUGGACCUGACUGCGCCCAGACCUGUCUUUGUGAACGCAAUUCAGUAUGUAACCGGUUCGACGGCUCCUGUACAUGUACAGUUGGAUGGAAAGGAGUAUACUGUAACACGCCAUGUGGCAUCGACGAAUGGGGACCAGGCUGUACGCUGUUGUGCUUUUGUGAAAACGACGCCCUCUGUACUCGCUUCACUGGCAUUUGCCAGUGCGGCCCUGGUUGGACCGGAGAGCACUGUCAACUUCCAUGUGACGAUGGAUGGUACGGUCGCAAUUGCACUAGUAGGUGUGCUUGUGAGAGAGGUGCCGUCUGUCACAUCCGCGAUGGCUCUUGCAUUUGUCCUCCAGGUUCAAUGGGCCCCAUUUGCAACAUAGCUUGUCAGGGUGGACGAUAUGGUGUCCAAUGCUCUCAGUUGUGUGCAUGCAGAAACGGCGCAGAGUGUUCACCUGUCGACGGAAGCUGUGUCUGUCCUCCAGGAUGGAUUGGUGACCUCUGUGAUGAGCCAUGUCCUAUUGGACGAUGGGGACAAUACUGUUCUUCCCAGUGUUCCUGUCAGAAUGAAGGAACCUGUAACAGAUUUACAGGUGAAUGUUCUUGCGGAGAGGGAUGGACAGGAACGUCAUGCACAACACCUUGUCCACGUGGAACCUACGGUGCAGGGUGUGACUCAAACUGCGACUGCAGAAAUGAAGGCUUUUGUUCUCGGUUUGAUGGCUCGUGUAGAUGUCUUGCAGGAUGGCAAGGCGAACUAUGCAGCCAGGAAUGUCCUCAAGGUCAACAUGGUCUAGGUUGUCGCGGCGUAUGCGAAUGUCAAAACUCUGCUCUCUGCGACAGGUUUGAUGGAUCCUGUACCUGUCGUGCAGGGUGGAUGGGAUUGCUCUGUGGCGAGCCGUGUUUGCCAGGCACUUUUGGUCCGGGCUGCCGUGGUACAUGUCUCUGUGAGAACCAAGCUGGAUGUAACGCUAUUUCGGGUGAAUGUUUAUGUAGCCCAGGAUGGACUGGACUGUCAUGCGACGAACACUGCCCAGAGGGUACCUACGGGUUUAAAUGUGAGAAAGAGUGUAACUGUCAAAACGAAGCCGCUUGUUCUAGGUUUGAUGGAAGCUGUCGUUGCACCCCGGGAUGGACAGGCCUGUUGUGUCACCUGGAAUGCCCGCCCGACCGGUACGGUCCCUCCUGCAGCAACCAGUGUAGAUGCCAGAAUGACGCUAGAUGUGACCGCUUCACGGGAAGAUGUGAAUGUCCUUAUGGGUGGAUGGGUUUAACAUGCAACACUCCUUGUGAUAUUGAUAGAUUUGGCCGUGGAUGUUCUGAGCAGUGUAACUGCAGGAAUCAAGCGAUUUGCAAUAGAUUUACAGGUGAAUGCCGUUGUUCAGCUGGUUGGAUGGGCCCAUACUGUAACGAGCCAUGUGAUGAGGGCCACUUCGGACCAUCCUGCCGUCAGCAGUGUGACUGUAUAAAUGGCGCUCAGUGUGAUAGAUUCAACGGAGCUUGCCAUUGUCAGGCUGGUUGGACAGGAGAUCGCUGUCAGACGCCAUGUCCACAGGGUCGCUAUGGAGUCGACUGUACACAGGUGUGCCGAUGUCAGAACACACAGACUUGUAAUGGCCGCGACGGAUCUUGUACUUGCACGGCAGGAUGGACUGGCAGACUCUGUGAUACACCUUGUAUCCCCGGAGUAUACGGACCCAACUGUGCCUUCAGGUGUGAUUGUGAAAACGCGGCCGUUUGCAACCGUUUUGAUGGAACCUGUAGCUGCCUUCCAGGAUGGAUCGGUGUGAGAUGUGAUGUGGGAUGUCGGAACGAUCGAUACGGCGUCCAGUGUCAGCAGAUUUGUGCAUGUGAAAAUGGGGCUACUUGUUCUUCAUUCGACGGAUCUUGCCAAUGUCUGAACGGCUGGACAGGAGCCUAUUGUGAGCAGGCAUGUGCACAAGGAUUCUACGGAGCUCGUUGUACGGAAAUCUGCAGGUGCCAAAAUGGCGGAACAUGUUCUGGAUUUGACGGGAGCUGUACCUGUCCUUCUGGUUGGGAUGGGGCAUAUUGCCAACAUCGGUGCGAUGGCAACAAGUACGGCUUGGGAUGUCUUCAGACCUGUUAUUGCCUCAAUGAGGCCACUUGUCAUCCUGUUGAUGGGACCUGCAUCUGCGCCGAGGGGUGGCAAGGAGAUUCAUGCGAAAUCAGAGACCUGAUAGGUUUUAGGACUAGCCAAACCAUCGCGGGGAAAUCCGUUACCUGUUCUGAAGUUCUAAACUAUAUCGACAUUAAAGACCAGCGCCAGAUCUUCGAGUGCAGAUCUAUACGUGUUGAUAGGGAGCGUCUUCCUAAUGGAGUGACUUGUCGUCAAGUAUGGAUGGAACAUUCUGGAAGCAGAAGUGAUCGCUAUUUCACAGCUCGCACAGAUCACACAAAUCUCUGUAUUAACAUACUCCAAGCAAAUGGCAUAAGUCCAGAAUCUUAUAAUUCUACGCUUUCGGUCGAAGUGUGGUAUACCUGCUCGCAAGUGUCACAGUCCCGCACCCAGUGGUUGUACGGGGAAUGGCUGGAAGAUGUGAUUCGGGACGUUGGUUAUACCGAUCAUCUUCGCUGUAUCUUACCAGAGGGAUAUUUUAAAUAAUUGAAUUUGAUUUGAAAUCUAUUAUUUACUUCACAUUAUCGAUACAAUACGAUAAACAUAA